CAUGGAUCUAAACACUUUGAAGCUCACUUUUCUUCUUCCAAAAAUGGCUUUCUUAUGGCUAUUCAUCUUCCUUGCUUCCUUCUUCUGUACAAAUGCAGAGCUUAUAAGUUCUCUGCCCGGGCAGCCUCAGAAUGUCACCUUCAAGCAGUAUUCUGACUAUAUUGUCACAGAUGAUCGCCAUGGCAGAGCUCUGUUCUACUAUUUUGUGGAAGCACACUCAAAAGACGCACUGUCACUCCCUCUUACAUUGUGGCUUAAUGGAGGCCCGGGAUGUUCUUCUGUUGGCCUUGGUUUGUUCAUGGAAAAUGGUCCAUUUAGGCCAGGGAAAGAUGGGAACCUCAUAAAGAAUGAAUUUUCUUGGAAUUUAGUGUCGAACAUGUUAUAUGUUGACUCCCCUGUUGGAGUUGGAUUUUCAUACUCUAAUACCACCUCAGACUACAACAAUUGGAACGAUACCAUGACAGCUGAUGAAAAUUUGAAGUUCCUCCUCAAGUGGUUCGAGAAAUUCCCCGAAUACAGAAAUCUAGAUUUGUAUUUAGCCGGGGAUAGUUAUGCAGGUCACUUUGUACCUCAACUUGCUGCAGUAGUACUUGAAUACAACAGGAAACCAAAUGUCAACCCAAUCAAGCUCAAAGGCAUUGCUCUUGGGAACCCACUUCUAGAUAUUGUGAUCAGUGUUGAUUCAGCUGAUUAUCUGUGGUACCAUGGAGCCAUUUCUGCAGAACUGCGCACUAUGAAGAAGAAACUAUGUAACGGAACAAGAUUCUUCCUUGAGUACUCACAAGAUAAACCAUCUGAAGAUUGUAAGAAAAUGAUGGCUAAAAUGGACGAGGAGUUGGGCGUCGAUUUCGAUACCGGAGAUAUGCUCUUGCCCAGAUGUGUAUCUGGACAACAAGACCUUGGUAGUGAAACAACAGGCAUUGGGGAUCCAUGCCUUGCUGACAGGAUAAUUGAAUACAUAAACAAGCCAGAAGUUCAGAAAGCUUUACAUGCCAAUACAACUGGCCUGCCAUACCUGUGGGAUCUCUGUUCAGGGCCUAUUAAGUAUCAGAUGGACAAUUUAGCUAUUAACAUCAUGCCUACAUUGUCAGCAUUUCUGAAGAAGGACCAUAUCCCAAUUCUGCUUUACAGUGGAGAUCAAGAUGUAAAAGUUCCGGUCACACAAACAAGGAAAAUUGCAAAUAUGCUUGCUAGACAUGUGAAGCUCACCACUUUGCAGGAGAAUGGUCCAUGGUAUAAUGGCUAUCAGGUGGGAGGAUGGAGUCAAGCUUUUGGUAAAUUGAGGAAAGGGAAAAACGUGACAUACUUGACGUUUGCAACAGUGAAGGGGGGAGCUCAUAUGGUGCCAUUUACAUCUCCUUCUCAAUCUCUUAUACUUUUCAAAUCAUUUAUCAAUGGAUCUCCACCACCCACAACUAGCCUCAACUAGCUUAAUUGCUAGUCAUAUAUGCUUAGAAACACAUAUUGUUAAAUUUGUGUACUACUAUGACCUAUCAAAGUUCAAUUUUUUUUUUUU